AUGACGACCCUGAACGUCCCCAACCAGUUCGACUUCUGGAGCGCCGCGCCGGUGGACAGCACUGCCACGCACGAGCAGAUCGCAGAGGCCACCAAGCUUCCCGUCCAAGUCGUGCAGCGCACGCUCGACCACGCAAUGACGGUGCGCGGUACUUUGCGCGCCCGGAGCCCACGCCCAGCUCGGUGGGCCUCUACGGGACGUUGCCGCCCAUACAUGAUGCUGCUGCCCGAGGCCCUGAGCCGGUUUGCGGCCGGCAGGGCCGAGGUCAGUAAGAACCACAAGGAGACCUGCCUUCGGCCUGUGCCGCUCGGGAGGGCUGUGGGGCGACUACGAGAACUGUUGGGACUUUUCGAGAACGACGGCGAGAGCGAGCGGAAGGGGUGGCGACAGAGGAACUUUAUCAAGUUCAUGGCCUACACCAAGCACCUGUUCAUGACCGUGCCCACCGACAUUUACAUCCUCAAGGCCUUGGUUCCUGUGGUCAAGCCUGGUACGAGGCUUGUGUUUAUCGAUUACGUGGGCAAGAACCCAGCGAGGAUGCGGCUCUGCCGCAUUCAAUGA